GUGUUAUAUUAAUUAAUCAGCUUAUUUAAGCAGUAUAAAUUUAUGAAUCUCUGGCUAAAUGUUAGUGGCAAUGUUAAGAUACAGAAUGAAGUUUUUGUUAUUAGUUUUUCUAAUUGUAGUUUUGACUUUUGUGAAAGCUGCUAGAAAUUUUGAUCGUAAUUCAGAAGAAUUCAAAUGUGUAAUGUGUCUAUGUCAUGCCAGGACGGGAUGCUUUAGCAGAAUGAAUUGUGCAAAUUAUUCAAUUACAGAAGACUAUUGGGACUUAGCAGGACGUCCUACAGUGGAUGAAACCAGAUCAUCAUAUAGUGAUUGCAUGAAAAAUGAAGACUGUAUUAUACAAACUAUAUGGAACUAUACGGGAAGAUUUAGAAAUGCGGAUGCAAACUGCGAUGGAAAGUUCGAUUGCAUAGAUAGACUGGCUAUCCAUUUAUUUGGACAAAAUUACAGGAACCCUUUUUUUGGCAAAUCUUAUGCCGAAAGGUUUAAUACAUGUAAUAGAGAGGCAAAUAAUUCCGUUGCACCAAUCAGCUCAGAAGAGACGGGUUGUAGUUAAAAAUUAAGACAAGUGUAAUCGUGAAAUUGUAAAAAUCUUUAUGUAGUUACUUAUGACUAAUUGUAGUGCAAAUAUUGUAUAAAUCCUAUAAAUAUCCAUAUGGUCAAUGUCUAGAAGAUACCUAAAGUUAAUAAACAAGAGAAAUUGUUGAUAAUACCAAUAAUCCGCUGCCCAUUCCGCCACGUAGAAUAUUAUCUCAAUUACAAUAUUUUCAUUGCCUCAUGUUUGUUUUCGUUAUGAUUUUUAGUUUAUUUAUCUUAAUGAUAUCUACCAAUUUUAUUUUGUAACGUAUCUUUACUUGAAUAGAUACUUCACAUUGUACGAAUAAUUAAGAAAUAAUAAAAUCGAAAAUAAAUUGUAA